AUAGAUACUUCUUCUACAGCUACUUCUUCUACAGAUACUACUUCUACAUAUACUACUUCUACAGAUACUAUUUCAACAGAUACUUUUUCCACAUAUACUACUUCUACAGAUGCUACUUCUUUUACAGAUACUACUUCCACAGAUACUACUUAUACAGAUACUUCUUCUACAGAUACUUCGUCUACAGAUACUACUUCUACAAAUACUACUUCCACAUAUACAACUUCUACAGAUACUUCUUCUACAGAUACUACUUCAACAGAUACUACUUCUACAGAUACUACUUCCACUGAUACUACUACCACAUAUACUACUUCUACAUAUACUACUUCUACAGAUUAUUCUUCCACAUAUACUACUUCCAAAGAUACUACUUCAACAGAUACUUCUUCUACAGAUACUACUUCUACAAAUACUACUUCCAAAGAUACUACUUCCACAGAUGCUACUUCUACAGAUACUACUUCUACAAAUACUACUUCUACAAAUACUACUUCCACAAAUACUACUUCCACAGAUACUACUUCUACAGAUACUUCUUCCACAGAUACUACUUCCACAGAUACUACUUCCACAUAUACUACUUUCACAUAUACUACUUUCACAUAUACCACUUCCACAUAUACUCCUUCCACAGAUACUACUUCGACAGAUACUCCUUCCACAGAUACUACUUCGACAGAUACUCCUUACACAGAUAAUACUUCCACAGAUACUACUUCUACAGAUACUACUUCUACAUAUACUACUUCUACAGCUACUACUUCUACAGCUACGGUUAGGAAUUAUAAUACCUCCUUUUGGUAUUCUGCAAUCGCUCUUACCAAAAAUUCCAGCCAGACAUCCUGCCUGUAUUACCCUCCGAUUCAGCUGCCGGCCAUCCCAGAGAAUGAGACUGAGUUAUCUUUAUACCUACUGUUCUUAUCAAAUAGCAUGGACUCUAUGGGAAUGACGAGGCAGGUGGCUAAGGAAAGGUUAGAGACCCUCAGAAAAGAGGGUUCCAAACUUGAGCUUGAACGAAAGAAGAGGAGAGAAGUGGAGGUUAAAAACCGAAGAUUACGUACGGAGCUUGCAGACUUAAAAUGGAAGGACCAGCUGUUUAGAACUAUGGAACCUUAA